ACUCCUACUAUUACAGUUCUCCGUUGUUUUUAGAGGGAGAAAAGAGACAGAACUAGGGCACUUGUGGAAAGCUGAAAAUGGAGUCGGUAGCAGAGAAGAAGGAAUCGGAGAUCCACAACGACAGCAACGGUGAAAAUACCCAGCAAACUCUAGAUUCAUCUUCUUCGUUGUCGACAACUACUGAUAACACUAAUACCAACAACAGUAUCAGUAAAGAAGCCCAGGAACGCCAAGCUCGCGACCUCAAAGCUGGCCUUCAUCCCCUCAAGUACAAGUUUGUAUUUUGGUACACUCGCCGAACCCCUGGAGUUAGAACGCAAACAUCAUACGAGGACAACAUAAAGAAAAUUGUUGACUUCAGUACGGUUGAAGGUUUCUGGGUCUCCUAUUGCCAUUUAGCUCGCCCUUCCACCUUGCCAAGUCCAACAGAUUUGCAUCUUUUCAAGGAGGGAAUCCGCCCUCUAUGGGAGGACUCUGCUAACUGUAAUGGGGGUAAGUGGAUAAUUCGAUUCAAAAAGGUUGUAUCAGGUCGCUUCUGGGAAGACUUGAUUCUUGCUUUAGUGGGCGACCAACUUGAUUAUGGAGAUAACAUAUGCGGUGCAGUACUAAGCAUUCGUUUCAAUGAGGAUAUAUUAAGCGUGUGGAAUCGCAAUGCAUCUGAUCAUCAGGCUGUAAUGGCUCUAAGAGAUGCAAUCAAACGGCAUUUGAAGCUUCCCCACAGCUAUCUUAUGGAAUACAAGCCCCAUGAUGCUUCUCUGCGUGACAACUCAUCCUACAGAAACACAUGGUUGAGAGGGUAAAGCUCUAUUUGGAUUCUGUCUUCAUGCAACCAGAUGAGCAAUGAAAGAGUUCCGGUUAAGGUCACUGCCAUGUAGGAAGUUCAUUUACUGAUUUCAUGUAGUUACGCAUGCUUUACAUUCAAACUACUGUGUUGGGUGAGUAAUGAUUUGGUAACAUCUAAACUGUAGGCAUACCCAUCUAAAAUAAAUUUAGUUAAGUUUCAAAUAUGAAUUACAUAUGUUUAUGAUAAAUUUUAUUGUUAGUUGCA